AUGACUGAAGAAGAACCAGAAUACAGUAAUGAUCUUCUCCCGUCAAAAGAAUUUUUGGAAUCUAUAAAGACAUACUAUAAAGAAAGCUUAAACUACCGCAAAGAUCAUAGCAUUGGAGCGUUUCAUUUAUGGCAAAGAAGUCGUCAAGUAUCAGAGGCACAAUUCUCCACAAUGCUCGAUAUAAAUUAUGCUAGAGCAUUACUACUUUUUGAAAAUAGGAAGGUUCAAUACUGCACUCUCGAUCAAGUUGUUGCAAAUCAAGGUCAUGAAGAGCCUAAACUUACAUUAAAACCAUCAUUUACAAACAACAGAAGCAAAUUCGACGACGGAUCAACAAGAGGUAGCUUUUUCGAUGAACCUGAAAAUCCUUCUAAAAGUAGAACUUUCUCCAAUAAACGAGCACCACUUCAACAAUUAAACGAUGACGAUGGAUUUAAAUUCUCCAGUAAUAAUAAUCAAAAGUUAGGUUUUAGAACUCGAUUUUAA